AUGUUUCUCCGUCACCUGGACCUGACGACCGCGCUUCGUCCAUCCCUCUACGAUGAUGAGACCUUGCUCUUUGUCCAGGAUGGAGUCGGGCUGUACGAGGGGAAGUACAAGAUUCCGAAUCAUCAGAAUGGGCACGCAUACCUGACUUCUCACCGCGUCUGCUACGUCGAUAAUGAAGAGCCGAGAAAGUACUCAGUUGCCGUAGAUCUCAAGGAAAUCGACAGACCAGAAUUCUAUGCCGGCUUCUUGAAGUCCUCCGCCAAAAUUACGCUCUUCCCCAAGACACCCAAGAAGACCGCGUUUGGGGGCAUCCGCAGCCCGGCGCCGCGGUAUGCCUCUCCCACCGAUGCUCUGGUUAGCCAGAACGGCUCGCCCUCUCGCUUCGUGCCCUCUCCGGCACCAGCUAGGGAUGUGAACGCCACGUGGAUUUGCCCCAUCUGUGGCAUGCCAAACGCAGUGCCUGCGAACUUUGACCCGGGAACUGCAAACCAGCAUACACCGCUUCCGGCGUGUCAGGCGUGCGGCGUGAAACCACCACUGGCAUUACUGAUCAAGGCCACAAUUGCGGCCAUGUCCAAUAGACCAAGCGGUACAUCGAGCAGCAUGCCGGGCACGCCGCCUAAUUCGACGGACGCCCUGUCUAUGCCACCUCAUGUCUCAGCAUCGCCAAAAGCGAACUCUGCUCCCAAUCUCUGCCCCCGUUGCACCUAUCAGAACUUUCCUGGGAUGACGAGCUGCGAGAUGUGCUCGGCUCCUCUUCAAGCUGGCUCGAAUCGUGCCUCGCGGCUCAUUGAAGAGACCUCAAACCGACCAGAAUCGCCAGGGCCUAGCCUACCUGGCUCUUCAAUCGUCGAUGAUCACACAAUUGAGACGAUCAAGUUCUCGUUUCGCGCAGGUGGAGAGAAAAUAUUUCUGGAUCGACUGCAGGAGGCUUUGGUACAACGUAAAUGGUUGUUACAAAGUGCUCCGCCUGUGCCCAGACCAGGAGGUGCACCACCGCAGUCGAGCGGCGGCUUUGGCCCUCCAAAUAAUAGCUCAGCACCAACAGGUACACCGCCGCGUGUGGUUGGUAUCGCUGGUCUAGAGCAACGGGGCGUCGCUCUUCGUCAGAACAAUCAGGCCGUUAUCGGAACUGCGUUCGAAGAUCUCGAAGCUUUGAUGACCUCUGCAAAGGAAGUUAUUCAGAUGGCAGAGCAGUUUGCAAGACAAUCGAACGGAAAUACCAGCGAUGAUACAAAGAGAAUCAUUUCGGAUUCUGCAUCAGCUCUAGGACUAAGGACUACCAAAGAUAUGCUGGGAACCGGCUCAUCUGCGGAGCAGUUAUACGUGACGGAGCUUUCACGAGACCUGGCAGAGUUCCUCACCGAUGAUCGCAAAGGCGUUCUCCGAAAGGAAGGUGGGAUCAUGUCUCUUGUGGAUCUGUGGCAAGUUUUCAAUCGCACUCGCAACGGUAUCGAGCUCGUAUCCCCUCUCGACUUCGAAAAAGCGGCCAAUAUGUGGGACAACUUGCACAUGCCAGUACGAUUGCGCCGUUUCAAAAGUGGAUUGCUCGUUGUUCAGGACCGCAGCAGAACCGAUGAGAAGACUAUUGGAACUCUGCUUCAAUGGCUGCGAGAACCGCAAGAUGAUUGCCAUUCUACUGUUGCCCGCAUAUCUCAGUCGUUCGGCAGAAGCAUUACGGCUCAAGAGGCUGCCGAACACUUUAGCUGGAGCAUCGGCGUCGCGACUGAAGAACUCGAAAUGGCCGAAGAAUGCGGCGCUUUGUGUCGGGACCAGUGCCUGGACGGCAUCAGAUUCUGGGAGAAUCACCUUCUCAGUACGGUUACGGCGUGAAUGCGGCCAGCUGAGUCUUUGGCGAGCUUUUUAGAUUACGGUCUAGCAGUUGACAUAUCUGAACCCAUGUCAAUGUGCCUGUUCGAAUCCCCUAGUGCACAUUCAGCUGUCUCAUAGCUCCAGGAACAGGCUGAACUGUAUAUAGCAAACAGCGCACUUCGCUCUUUGAAACCCGGCUUCGCGAUAGUAGUAGUUAGUACUGUACGAGUGUACCUACAAC